AUGGGCAAAAGAGGUAGCAGAGGCAGAACCCUCCGGAGCUCCGCCCUCGGGGCUGGACGGGCGCCACACAGGCUUUCUGCCCCUCCCGCGCUGGACGCGGGCGUGCAGGGAGGGCGUUCGGAGUCCGCGCGUCUGGAAUCUUGGACGCGUGACCGGCCGGCUCAGAGCGGCGGCGGAAGCGGCCGAGGUGCUGGGGCGGCCCGCGGUGACGCUUCGGCCCUUAGCGCCCUUCUCCGGGGCGGCGGCGACUGGAGCUUCAUCUGCUGGGAGAAAGAGGAGGUGGACCUGCAAGAUCUGCCCAGCGCCACCAUCGCCUGCCACCUGGACCCCCGCGUGUUCGUGGACGGCCUGUGCGGGGUUUAUGGCAGCCAGUUCCUUUUUCUGAUGAAAUUGAAGUUGACUUUAAUAAGCCCUAUGUCAGGGUAACUAUGGAAGAAGCCAGCAAAGGAACACCUUGU